AUUUUAUCUCAGUUCAACUGACCAAUGCAACGACAAAACAAGUUCUGAGUUAUAACUUAUAACUUUCGAAGUAAUAGAGAUGAAAUACCGUCUUCUCAUUUUAGCAGUGUUAUUUAUAUUGUCAACAGGGGUCGGAUCUAUUCCUGACCCCAGCCCACAAUAUGGCUGCGAGACAGAAGCAUACCCCCCUCUUGAACAGUUCAAACUGCCCUGGUUCCAAAUUGAUCUGGAUGCGUCCCCACGUACCAGGUGGACAGAGAUCAUAACAACUUACAAGGAUCCAAUCAAUGACCUGGUUGACCAACUGCUGCAUCUGUUGAACUUGGUCGACCCCAGCGGCACCAUUCUCAAGAUCAUAGAUGAUGUACUUCCCACUUUAGUGCUCAAAUUCCCCAAGGAGUACAGGGAGGAGAUCGAGGGCAUCUCUGAAGUGUCUGGAGUGAAACUGGGCAGAGUGGUGGUGUAUAACAUCUUCUACGAACUGUUCUCCGUCUGCACCUCCAUCGUCGCACAGAACUCACAGACAGGAGAGCACUUCCAUGCGCGUAACCUUGACUUUGGCCUGUUCAUGGGGUGGGACUUGGAGAACCACACGUGGACUGUGAGCGAGAUACUCAGGAGGAUGGAGUACAAUGUGGAGUUUGUGAGAGGGGGGCAGGGGGUGUUUAAUAUGAGCAGUUUCGCAGGAUAUGUGGGCACUCUUAAUGGGGUCAAAGCGGGCCAAUUCAGCCUUUCCCUGAAUGAGAGGUUCGUAUUGGAGGGUGGGUUUGUGGGUCUAUUCGAGUGGAUAGUGAAACAUGAGGACCUCUACUUCCCCACCUGGCUAGCCAGAGACAUACUCACCGGCAACUACACCUACCAACAGGCAUUAGACACCCUCUCCACACGUGCCAUCUUAGCCCCCUGCUACUACAUAGUGAGUGGGGUGGGGCAUAAUGAGGGCUGGAUCAUCACCAGGGGGCUGAAUGAGUCACUCUACCCCCUCCAACUGGACCAGGAGGGAGGCAGGUGGUAUCUGCUGGAGACCAACUAUGACCACUGGAAGAAACCAUUCAUACUCGACAACAGACGAACACCUGGUGAGAAAUGCAUGAAUGAGUCAUCGGCUGACACCAUCUCAAAAGAGCACAUCUUCAAUGUGUUAAGCAGUGACCCAGUGCUGAACCAGCUGACUGUGUUCACUAC